GCACUCUGGUGGGACGCAUCAUGGGGAGAACUGGGCUGCAAUUAACCCUCUUUGGGCUGCUGCUGGCUUUGGCUACCACACUACCAAACAAGGGCGACUGGGACAUCUACAGCUUUCACAUCAACUCCACAGUGACCAGCCGCUAUGCCACCACUGUCAUCACAAGCCGUGUGGCCAACCGUAUGGACGAGUCAAGGGAAAUUGAAUUCCACGUUCGGAUUCCAAAGAAUGCCUUCAUCAGUAAAUUCAAAAUGCUUAUAGAUGGCCAGGAGUAUGAUGGUGUUGUGAAAGCUAAGGAGCAGGCUCAGCAAGAGUAUACUACUGCUGUGUCUCGUGGCCAAAGCGCUGGGAUUGUCAGUUCUGUAGGCAGGACCCUGGAGGAAUUUAAGACUUCUGUAAAUGUGGCUGCUCACAAAAAGGUCACCUUUGAACUUACAUAUGAGGAACUGAUGAAACGCACCCAUGGCAAGUACGAGCUGCAAAUCCAUGCUCGACCCAUGCAGCCUGUCAAAGACUUCAAGGUUGAUGUGUACAUCCACGAGAAAGCUGGCAUCAGUUUCAUCGAUGUGAAAGGAGGACUAAGCACCAAAGCCCUGGCUAAUGCCAUCACCAAAACACAUGCAGACAAACAGGCAUGGGUGCAUUUCUAUCCAACUGAAGACCAACAGAAAUUAUGUGACAGCUGCGGAGAGGAGGGUAUGAAUGGAGAUCUGGUUAUUGCUUAUGACGUUAACAGAGACACUACACUGGGAGACAUCAAGAAAUCUGAUGGCUACUUUGUUCAUCACUUUGCUCCAGCUGGUCUUUCCCGAAUAUCAAAAAAUGUUGUCUUUCUUAUUGAUCAAAGCGGCUCAAUGCACGGCAGAAAAAUAGAGCAGACACGAAUCGCAUUGAUCCAUAUCUUAAAUGAUCUGGCAGAAGAUGACUACUUCGGUCUUAUCGCUUUUGAUGGAGCGAUUAUUCACUGGAAAAAAGAACUUGUUCAGGCCAGCAGUGAAAACGUGGAGAGCGCCAAGACAUUUGCGCGGAGAAUAAGAGAUAGAGGAGCCACAGACAUUAACCAAGCAGUGCUGAAAGGAGCAAGUAUGCUGAAUGCACAUCCCAGAGAAGGUUCAGCAUCUAUCCUUAUACUUCUCACAGAUGGAGAUCCAACCACAGGAGAAACAAAUCUUGAAGUAAUACAGUCCAACGUCAGAAGAGCCAUUGCAGAUAAAUUCCCACUCUACUGUCUUGGUUUUGGUUUUGAUGUCAAUUUUAAGUUCCUUGAGAAAAUGUCGCUACAGAACAAUGGUGUGGCACGACGUAUUUAUGAAGACUCUGAUGCUGAUUUACAGCUGAAGGGUUUCUAUGAAGAGGUCGCCACUCCUCUGUUGACAGACGUGACACUGAUCUAUAGUGGUGGAACCAAUCUAACCCAGACUAACUUUAGCACCUAUUAUAAUGGCUCUGAGAUUGUGGUGGCUGGUCAGAUCACUGACAACGACAUUGAAACUUUCUCUCCACAAGUUGUGGCCAUUUCGGGGACUAGAAGGAUGACCUUUUCUGGCACAAACACCUCCGUAGAAUCGACUGGAACAGAGUCUGAUGGCCAAAUCCAGAGGGUUUGGGCCUAUCUCACAGUUAAGCAGCUUCUGGAGAAAGAGCUGCAGUUAUCGGGACCUGAGAAAAACAAGGUGAAGAAAGACGCUUUGGAGCUGUCACUGCAGUAUAGCUUUGUGACCCCACUUACAUCCAUGGUGGUCACCAAGCCUCCAGGGGAAAACUCAGAUGUGCUUCAUAAGCCCAAAGAAGGUGAAAAACCACUGAGGAGGAGCCAUCAUAGUCAUCAACAUCCUACUGUUCUUCACAGUCCCCCAAGAGUUGUUGCUGUUCCUGCGCACGCUCCAGUAAGACCUACCAGGAGACCAAAACUUCCAAAACGAAUUACUCAACAUGCUACUAGUGCGAGUCCUGUUGCCGCUACUACCGCUGCGCCUCUUUUGCACAGAUUUUUGCUUAAAACUGAGAGUCGGUCUCCUCCGCUGUGCUUCGACAUUAAGGGAGCUGCCCUCCUCAAGCUGCUCCACCAUCCCAGCAGGGAGCUGCAAGUGAACGGUGAGCUUGAUUCAAUCACAAACGGGGGCUUCACAAAGAUUGUCAUCCACUUCACUGCCGAUCAGCAUGUUGAGGUUACCACCACAGGAGUCACUGUGCGGGAGGGACAGACGGUAACACAGCACACUGGACAGGAUCCCAUCACGGUUGGAAGCAUGGUGGUGAUUCGGCGAGACAAGGAGAUCGAUGUUGCAGCUGGAGACGUGCGCCUGAUCCUGUUGAUUCACAAUAAGAAUGGCGACGAAUUCCUUUGGCCGGUUAUAAGACAGAAGCCGAAUGCCACCGACACGGAGGGACUUUUAGCUCUAACGCCAGCAGCUUAUAAGGAGGUGCAGCAAGUUUCCCUCACAAAACUGAAGAUCAAGGAGCAGGAGAUCGAUGCCACCAGCGCCGCUGCUGUUGACUACGGUAUUGUGUUUCCCAUAACAAUGAACUGCUGGCUCAUGUCUGCUGAGUCUGCCCUGCAGAGACGCCCGGAUGAUUUCUUUGUUGCACAACUUUAACUGGGAGCCAAGAAUCUGAAAGUCUUUCAUGCAAAAAGAAAAUGAAGGAAAAUACCUAAACUUCAUGGAAAACAAAUAAAGAACAUCCCAGAUCUUCA